UGUGUAAAAUGUAAACAAAACCGCGUUGUUUUUUUCAACUUAAACUUAAAAUACGAGUUUAAACUAUGCAACAAUAAUUGAUUGUAACCUUUUGUCCGCCUAUAAAAGCUUUUUGGCGAAACCCUUAAAGAUGAACGUGAAAGGUGACGAAGCAGAAUCAACACACAGAAGGAAUUUACCGGCUUUUCAAGGAAUCGGAUCGGUUAAAAAAUCCAAAGGAAAUGAAGUAAAAAGUGCCGUUAAAACUCAAGAAGCCGAAGCCAAACGUCAGAAUGCAUUGGCUGAAAAAUGGAAAACGUUACAAGAACAAAAGUGUGCAAUUGCAAAUGCACUAAAGGGAGAAUCAUUGAACAGGAGAAUAAAAUUUGAUGAAGAUGGUGAUCAUCAAAAAAAUGAUUUGCAAUUAUCUAAACAAAAGAUUUCAUUGUUUGAUGAUGAUGAUGAUGAUGAUGCUAGUGAUCAUGAAAAUAAAGGAGAGUUAGUAUCAGAUUACAAGCUAAAAUUAAGAUUUGAAGGUGAAAAAGGCAAAAAGUUGUUCCAUAUGCAAACAUCUAAAGCUACUGGAGAUGAUAGAUUUGUAAUGGAUAAACGAUUUUUUGAAGAACAAGAAACUACUGAAAAAUUGAGCGAUGAUGAGAUAGAAAAACAAAUGAAUAUUUUAGAAGAUGUGAUUGGACGAUCAAUUACUAAACCUAAUAAGGCUAAAGGAGACGAAAUAUUUAACAUGGUAAGAUAUGAUCCAACACAAGAAGAACAUAAAAAAUAUGUUAAAGAUAAACCAGAACUACCAAAACAAAAACGACCUAAAAAGCAAAAAGUAGAACAGAACAAAGUUGUAGCUGAAGCAGUUGUUGAUACAGAUAAAUAUUACAAAGUUGGUGAUAAACUAAAAGAUGUGUUUAGUACUCAAAAUCAAUUUAGUUUUACUAGCUUAUUUCAAUCUUCUGAUAAAACUGACUAUGAUGUAGACAAAAAUGAAUAUCAAUCAGAAAAAAUAACUAAACCUCAAAAAAAAUUUGGUCGUAAUCCAUUUAUUGACGACUCUAGUGACUCGGAGAGUGAUGAAAAUAAUUUAGAAGAUAAAAAAGAACAUUUUGAUGCUGAGACUGAUGAAGUGCCUUCAGGAAAAUUUUUAGGAUCUAGAGGUGUUUGGCGAGAAGUCUUUUUUUUCAAAGUAGAUGAUUCUAGAUUCAAAGAUGCUGAAGAAUUUUAUGAUCCUCAAUUUAAUAAAACCAAUUAUACAGGAAGUCAAGAUCCAAGAUUUAUUAAAAAAAGGGAUAUAUUAAGAGAUUUUUUGAAAAACAAAGAUAAGAGACAUAAACGAGAUGUAGGCAAAAAGAUGUUUAGUAGAAAACUUGGAGGAACCCAUAAUGACUAUAAAAAUGAUAAAAGUCGUAAAAAUAAAUCUACAGUUAAAACAAAUAAAAAUAAAGAUGGAAAAAAAUUUAAAUCAAACAAAACAUCAUAAUAAUUAUAAAUUUCC